AUGGCGGCGGCGGCGGCCCCGCGCGCGGAGAGGGGCGAGGCGUGCGCGCACGUGCCGGCCGCACCCACCGCUCCGCGCUGCCCCUUUCGCCGCCCUGGGGGGGUCGCGCCGCUGCGGGCGUGUUGGGCCGGCCCUGAACGCGCAUGCGCCUCGGUGGCGGAGGUGGAGGCACGCGCUGGGCUCUCUGGGGUUGUUGACGCGUUGCCUGGCAACGGUCGCGUGGUGGCAGGUGCCGACGGAGCUCGGCAGGGCCGGAGCCGGCGGGGACACCGCGGCGGGCGGGAGGGCGGGGGCGAGACCCCCGGGGGACAAGGACAUCAGUCCGUAACUUGCAUCUGGUCCGCCGUGGGCGCCGGUGGGGAGAUUGUAAUGGAGGAGGGGCGCCCGGGCCCCUCAAAAUUGGCCGGUGACAGGCGGCCCCAGCAGCAGGAGAAGAAGGACAAGCAGCAGGACAAGCAGCAGGCCUGCGAGGGUUUCAGUAUUAGAGCCAUGAUGAAAAACAGCGUGGUAAGAGGGCCCCCACCUGCAGGAUCAGUAAAACAAAGACCAGCAAAACACACAGCUUUUCGCAAGUUUUAUGAGAGAGGAGACUUUCCCAUUGCUGUUCAGCAUGAGUCUGUAGGAAACAGAAUCGCCUGGAAGGUAGAUCUAGAAAACCUGGACUAUCAUUACUUUCUGCCUUUGUUCUUUGAUGGGCUUUGUGAAACGGAAUUUCCAUAUGAGUUUUUUGCUCGUCAAGGAGUCCAUGACCUGCUGGAGCAUGGUGGAAACAAGAUUCUUCCUCUUGUUCCUCAGCUGAUUAUCCCAAUAAAAAAUGCACUGAACCUUCGUAACCGAAAGGUCCUCUGCACCACACUGAAAGUCAUCCAGCACCUGGUGGUGUCAGCUGAAAUGGUGGGGGAGGCCUUGGUGCCCUAUUAUCGCCAAAUUCUCCCAGUCCUAAGCAUCUUUAAGAACAUGAAUGUUAAUUUAGGUGAUGGGAUAGAAUACAGCCAACAGAAGCGUGAAAAUAUUGGAGUUCUCAUCCAAGAGACACUGCAACUCCUUGAACACUACGGUGGAGAAAAUGCUUAUAUAAAUAUUAAAUACAUGAUCCCCACUUAUACGUCGUGCAAAUAAACUGAGUUAUAAUAAAUGGGAUGAUUCCAUCUGUGCUCUAAAAAAACUGUAUCUGACUCUGUAUGGCAUCUUGUUAGUCAUGCUUUAUCUUCUCUACAGCUGCUAAAAUAGUGGCUUCUGGGGCAUUGGAGUGUUAGCACUAUUGUGAACAAGGCUUUCCAAUAAAUAAAUAGUGUCUGUUCCUUUGAUUACAA